UUUGGUUAGGGGGCUCUGGGAUCAAUCUAAAUAGCCUGUCUGCCUCUCCUCCUCCUCUCCUUUUCUUUUUCUCUCUCCUCAUCCAUCACAUCUUUUUCUGAUUUUUCCCCAAACAGACCACUCUCAUCCAAACACAAUGACUUGGUUCGGCGACGAUCACGAUAACGCCCGCGCCCACCAGGAGGUCAACGGCACCGAAGGCCACCAGGGACACUGGUCUCACCAGGUCAUCGGCGGUGCCGCUGCCUACGAGGCCAUGAAGGCCUACAACGACCACGAGGCGAAGAACGGAAAACCCCAGAGCCAUACCAAGGCUAAGGAGAUCGGCGCUGGCUUGGCCGCCGCUGCUGUCGAACGUCUCUUCGAGACCAAGGGCCUCGACUUCAUUGACAAGGAGAAGGCGAAGUACCAUGCCCAGAAAGAGGCUGAGGAGGCCAUUAACCGUCACUACUAAGGGUUGACUUUCCCUUGUUGACUAUGAAUCGUCCAUGAUGUAUAUAACAUGAAUACCAAUUAAUGUUUUCAGACGAGGUGUUCUCUCU